UCAACAAAAGAUGAGACUUUUACUGUGACCUUCUGUGGUGACAAUUGUAUUGAAGGGAGACAUGACGAGAUACCAAAGUCUGAUAGCAGCUGCUUUGUUGCGAGCUUCUCGCCGUUUAACCUCACCGGCCGUUUCCUCCGUUAAGAGAACCUUCUCUUCUUCCUCCUUACUUCCAAGGACAACAACAACCCUCGCCACUCUUCCUCGCUCUUCUCCCUUCUCAAAGUUUUAUUAUUUUUCUACUUCCUCCUCCUCCUCUUCUGUUCCACCGCCGAAAGCGUCCCUUAAAAGUGGCCACGAAGAAGACACUUUUGAAUAUAAAACAACUGAGGAUGUGGAGGUCAUAGAUGAUUGGGAAGAUGAAGAAUAUGAAGUUGAAGCUAAGCUUGGCGAUGGAGGAGAUGGUGGUGGGGUUGUUCUUCGAGGUGUGCCAUGGGGUGAAAGUGUUCUCUCUAUUGCUUCCCAAGUUCUGAAGGAGUCUGAGAAAGAUCUGCAACUGUUUGCUUUCAGAACUUCUCCUCGUGGAUAUAUAUACAUCAGACUUGACAAACCCUCUCAUGAAUAUGGAUGUCCUAGCAUGGACGAGCUUGAGGAAUUUAGUCGAGAAUAUAAGAAGAGGUUAGAUGAUGCAGGGGAUGCAAAAGUAAUCCCAGAGGAUCUGGCCCUCGAGGUAUCAUCUCCAGGAGCAGAGAGACUGCUGAAAGUUCCAGAGGACUUGCACCGAUUCAAGGAGAUGCCUAUGACAGUAAGCUACGAGGAGGAAACAAACUCGAGGAAAACAGUGAAGAGCACAGUGUUGCUCUUGGAGUCUGUAGAUGCAGAAUCAGAGAUAUGUAUUUGGAAACUAGCAGAUGUGAGGGAGAACAGAGAUCCCGAAAGCAAAGGCAGACCGUUGAGCCGGAAACAAAAGGACCUCAGAUUCAAACUGCCUUUCUCAGUUCACAGGAUGAUAACUCUCUACUUGGAUUAGUUGAUUAGAUGCUUAAUCAGAAGUAGAGUUGCUAGAAAGGCAAGUUUUUUUUGCCAGAGUUCUAUUUCAAGAAAAAACGAUGUUUAUUCUCAUGUUUCUUAUAUGGUCAUGCACGUUAGAGGAGAUCCAUGUACUAUGGCAAACCAAAGAUAAAUUGCAGCGCAAUGAUGUUGCUUCAGAGCUUUAUUUGACAGAAAAGAUGCAAAAAUCUCUUGGAAUCCAACUAGGAGGAUUACGACCCAGGAAUUGGCGUUUAAAGAGAAUAUAUCAUAGUUUAGCAUAGCAUUGUUUCAUGCACCUAUGCUUAUAAAAUUCAUGGGUUUGUUAUAAAAUCUGGGAAGGAAUGGCUAAGAAGAGCAUAGCAUUGUUUCAUGCACCUAUGCUUAUAGGACCUUCAAGGAAGAGAUUCUUGGCAGAUAUUUGUGGUCAGGGUUGCUUGUGUUAUUAAAUGUAUAUUAGGAGGUGAAAUUGUUAGACUUUAUAAUGUUAGAGAUAACGUUAGAUGCAACAAAGCUAUAUUAUGCGAUGGAUGAGAUUGAAAACAUUCAGAAAUAUGAAGAAGAAAUUUGAUGGGAUAUUCUGGCAGGAAGAAGCUGCUCCUUUCUUUCAGUCAGUAAUACUAUCAAAAUAAUGCACCUCUAUGAACCAAUGCUACCUCAAACUAGCUAAAGCCCAUGAAGAAGAAACUUGGGGAACUUUAUCCUUACUUUUUCAAGCUUGCAAAUGGAAUGGUCGCUUGGACUGAAGCUUGGGGACGAGCUCAACUCCCCAAACGGAAACUAAACUAAAGCACCAUACAUGGAAGAGAGAUGAAGUAAAAAAAUGACAUUGUUAAUAAAUGAGGUCGAUGGGUAGUCAAUCAUCUAUAGUUCUUCUAGUUGAUAGUGCAUAUAUGAUCUUGUUAUACAUAGCUAAAUGUUGGACCAUAUUUUGUAAGUCAAAUGAACUGAGUAAAACGUUAGAUUUUAUAUGGAGGAUAACCACCUCAUUUUAUAAGUCCAUAAGUUGAGUGAAAUUUUAAACUAAGUUGAUGACUAAGUUAAGUUACUUUUGGUGACAAAUGGCUAAGAUAAGACACUUGAUGACUGGUCCAAAAUAACUCGGUGAUAAAAAGCUAAAACUUAGUAAAAUUAAUAACACAUGUCUAGGUUACUUAUGACUAAGCUUACACAUGUCUUGAUGCGUUACAAAGUAACUUUGUGUCAAUAACUACACAAAAUUUAUAUUAAUACAUACCACAUAUACAAUGUAAUAAAUAAUAUGAUGUCAACAUCACGACAAAAUGUAAUUAAUUUUAAGAUAAGGUAAUGAGAUUAUUCUGUACGUAAUUAAAAAAUCUAAGCCCGAAAUAAAAAAGAAAAAUCCGACCAGAUCCGACCCAACUCCGUAAAACCUACCCGAUACAACCCUUCUUCUCCAAAUCGAUUUUAUUAUGAACCCCAAAUUGAUUUCAUUAUAAACUCUAAAUCGAUUCUUCAAGGGUUAACAGUUUAGUACCUUUCUUCCAUUAGCUUUUUCGGAUUCGAUUUCACCAAACUUGGAUUGGAAUUCUAUUUUGGAUUCGGAUUCCGAUUUCACCAAAACCUUCUUACAUACCUAGAAAUCGACGGCCUUUGUUUGUCUCUCAAUUCUCUCUCAAUCUCUCUCUCUCUUUCUCUUUUUUCGAAACCUCCAAAAAAAAAAUUCUUUGAAACCCUAAAACUAAUGAAAUCGCGAUUUGGGGAAGAAGGGUCAUAUCUGAUAGGGUCUAAGAGAUGGAUAGAUCGGAUCGGAUAUUGUUAGUCGGGUUUAACUUUAUAAUAUUACGGAUUGACACCAACAACUAAGAUUAAAAUCAAUUAGAUCAGAUUAUGAUGUUGUUAACAUAUUUAAUUAUACAUCAUAUAUAUGGCAUGUAUUAACAAAAAUUUUGUAUAGUUAUUGACACAUUGUGAUAUAUGGGAUGGUUUUUAACAUUUAUUGUAAACGUCAUGUAGUUGACAAACUUUUUUCUAAAAAAUUAAAUUUUAAGUAGUGGAUGGUGUCGACGGGUCCGGUUUUUAAUGGUUUGUAUAAAUAUCUAGUCAUCAAACUUAAAAGAAACGUUAAACAUUUUCUGGUGUCGGUGUCGAAAGUUUAGGAAGUCGAGAAGACAAAGGUUAUCGAAGAAGGGAGAUGCUGUUGUUAGGUUUUGGAGUUUAAAUAAUGGGCUGUUAGUGGACUUUGAUUAGUAUUUCGUAAACCACUAAAUAUGUUAAAUUUUUAAAUACACAGAGAUGAACACGUCCUCUUUUGUCCACCCUUCUAAAAUGAUGUAGCAGCAUGAAGAGAAAUACAAACCAACUUUAUUACAAUACUAGUGGCGUUUUCGCGCUUUGCGCGGAAUGUAUUAUAUUCGGUUAAACAUAAGUUUUGUUUGUAUAUACUUAUUGGUUUAGUUAUUUUAUAAAUUUAUUCUUUAUUUUUUAAAAACUUCUAAUGUAUAUACUAUUUAUCAUUAAGUAUAUUUUUUUUGUAUUUUUAGAUAUGUGCUGAAUUGGUCUCAAGAAGUUGAAACUAUGCAUGAAUGUUCAGUUUUCGGUUCAGUUCAUGUUUCUUUUCCUCGGUUUUUUUAUUUUUUUGGUUCAAAAAUUAUAUGAGCCAUUCAAUUAUUUAUGAAAGUUUCUUUAGUCUUGGUUUGGUUAUUUUGGUCUUUAGUUUAGUUCGGGUACCAAUCAUAAGAACCAACUAAUAUCCAAUAAACUUUUGGUUCCAAUUUGGUUCUGAUUUUUGGUUAAUUUUGGAUAAUUCGCAUAAAAAUCAGAUCUUUUCAGUUUUGGGAUUUAAUAUUGGAUAAUCCAUAUAAAUUUUAAUAUUGAAACAAAUACUAUUUUGAUAAUUCUGUUAUUUUGGGUAACUCAAAUAAUUUUAAAUAUUUUGGAUAAAUAAAUAUUCGGGUAUUUCAUAUUUUAUUAAUAUUAUUUUUUGGUAAUUUAAGACUAAAUAUAAUUUAUAAUUUAAGUACUCAUUCAGUUUUCUGUUCGGUUCUAACACGGUUUUAUUUUUUUCAGUUUUAGAAAUAUAUGAACUGCUCGGUUAUUUGUGAAAUAUUUCAGUUUCAAAUUCAUUUUUUUUGUGGGCUUCGAUUCGGUUUUUUCUUCUUAAUUAAUAUGCUGAGCAUAGUUGAAACCAUAGUGAUAGUGCAUGUUUUGUUAUUUUUUGUUUUCAUAUUUUUAUUGUAUUUAUUUGUUGCACAUGUUCAGUGGUGGCACAUAUUUUUUAUUUCAAGUUUUCAGGUAUUUGGUUUAUAAAUAACUUUUUUAAUUUUUUGGUAAUUUUAUAACUAAAUAGAAUUACUAUUUUAGGUUCUUAUUUGGCUCUAUGAUACGAUUUUGAUUUUUCAGUUUCAAAAAUAUAUAAACCGAUCAAUUGUUUAUGAAUUUUGGUUUAGUUUUGGAUUGUCUUUUUUUGUUGACUUCAAUUCGGUUUUCGGUUCUUAAUUUAUAUGCACGCAUAGUUGAAUGUAAGGGGUGUCACAUGUUUUGUUAUUUUUUGUUUGCACAUUUUUUAUUGUAAUUUUUUAUUUGUUGCAUAUUUAUUGUUAUGGAAAUAAUGUGUGUUGAGAGGCACAAAACUUAACCCUCAUUGUAAAUAUGUUUUGAGCAAUAUUGUGUGAUUAUGUUUUUUUUUUGUGUUGUGCCCAGGGGUGAAGCCACUCACAGAGUUAGGUGUACACGUGCACCCAUAAAAAUUUAGAUAAUUAAAAUUUUGUUGGUUAAAUCUGCAUAAUGCUAUUAGAUAAUGUGGUUAGAAUCAUCUAGUGCACCCACAAUUAACCCAAGUUCGAUCCUUAGAUAGUGUUUUUUAUAUUUUAAAUUAAAUGUGCACCCAGUCUAAAAGUGUUCUGCAUUCGCCCCUGGGACUUGUGCCUUUAUUUUGAGAGUGAAUGUUAUAUUAUGAUAUCUAGGAAAUCGUGUUAUAGAAAAAAUUUUAUGGGGUUGAUGUUAUUUCAUGUGAUACUUCAUACUUGCCAUGGUCCAUGAACCGCGAGUCACCAGAGAACCUCGUGAAAUUAUCAAGAGCAUGUCAACGCCCAUGAGUUCACCUUCUUUCUUCGCAUUCCAAGCCUCCCCAACAGGAGAAAUCGCACCUCGACUGGUUUAGGACAACAUUCGGCUUUCAGUUCAGUUAGACGUAGGUCACUGUGGGCAUUGAAGAUAGCUGAAUUGCAGAUAGAGAAUGUGGAAUUUUUUUUUUGAUAAGAAGAGAGAAUGUGAAAUGAUUUGAUGGAAUUUGUGAUUUUUAGUGAAUCCAACUAUGGUAUUUAUGGUUAUCGGUGUAGUUUUCAGAUGUUUCCAUGGUGGUGUGAGUGAACUAAUGCGAGAGAUUGGAGGUAGUGAUGAGAACGACAUUAAUGAGAUCAUUAUAGUGGUUGACUGAAUUCAGAAGAAUGGCGUUAUGUAAACCGACAGUUUUUGUUGGCUAAUUUGUUCCGACAAGAUCGAAGAAGAAAGACUUUUGGACCGAGAUUCUGGAAUAAUGAUAGGCCCAAAUAAAUAAAUCAAAUGCAACAUGAUGCUUUCGUAAGUAGACGACCCAUUUUUCAGAAACAAAAAGUGAGGAAACAACGCCACAUGUCACAUUUUGGAAUAGCCUUCGCUGAGGUAGCGCAUUGUGGAGCCUUUCUAGUCAACUUUAUUAAUAUAGAUAUAUAGAUAGAUAGACUAGUGGCUGAAUUUACAUUAAAGCUAUUUUUAUAUUAAAUAUGUUUUAAUUUGAAAUAUUGCACUUCCUAUACAAACAUAACUAAAUAAUUUGCAGGAAUGAAAUUUCCACUUUUCAAUUUUAAUAAUACCACUGCUACCCUAUUCCCUCUACACAAAUCUACCUUAUUAUUAAUUAUUUUUCCAUUUUUCUGUAUUUUUAUUUCGUAAUUGUUUUAUGUUUUCUCUCUCUCAAACCAGAGCGAAGCUGGUGAUUGUAAAUAGUAAGCUGAGUUCGGGGAGUUUCAACUUUCAAUAGCUAAGGCAUCGUCACAUGAAGAGGGUAGCGUCUAUAACCGCAUCCGACUCGCCAUGAAUCUGAGCUCUGACUUCUUAUGUCUACUGCUGCGUCUAAAUGUAGAUCGUCACCGCCAAACUUAUCCUUUUCACGGUCGUGCUUCACCUUUUCACGGUCGUGCUUCACCUUUCACCUCUGUUUAUGUCAGAUUUGAGACCGUCACGAGAUUCACACAGCGUACUCUUCCGUCACCGGAUCUUCAGUCGUCUUCCUCUACCGAUGUCGUCAGGCUCAGAAUCAAGCCUUGCCGUCGCCAUCAUGCUCCAGAUCCGGCGAAGAGAUAACGAUCUCUACUAUGGUGACUUUCUAUGUUUUUUGCACGAAAGGUCCUUGACAUUCUUGUUUUUUUUUAGGUUUGACACAAACGUUUUAGAUUUAUAGAAACAUCCUCGCGAAUCAACCCCGAAUCUGUCAAUCGUGCGAUCUAGACAAGUGAGUCAUUUGAUACCAUAUUUUUUCAGCAAGCUAUAAGAACACCAAAUAUAGUAGACGGUUACAUAUUUUAUUAGAUGGGAUGGAUAACUUUGUGAGCAAGCUAUAUGAGUAGAUUACAGAUGAUAAUAAUAGUAAAUAUUAGUGUAUUUUGUUUAGAAGAUUUUCCAAUUUGUAAGAUUUUUAAACGACGGCUAAUAAAAUUGUUAGUUAUACUUGAUUUUUUUAUCCAGCUAACAUUUAUUUAAAUUAUAGCUAAUAUUAAGUUUAUCCGAAUAUAUGAAUUUUUGUACAUCCAAUAAUCCAUACACCCUAACAUUGGUGUCGAUUUCCUCCUUUUAAAUGAACAUUCUCUAUAGUCUUUUUUUUUUUUUUUUUUUUUUUUUUGAACUUUGGCUUUCAUAUUAAAUAGCAAAAAACAUAAAAUGUUUACAAGCCCAGAUGACUUUAGUUUUAUAAUACCCAUAGUUUAAAAACUCAUAUUUUGGAAACUUCCAUUAGUAAAGCCCAAGAGGAGCUGAAAAGUCCAAACUCGUCGAUGGUGGAUGACGUCUUUCAGCGUCCGGAAAACCCAAUGGAGGAGAAAAGAUGGUGAGUGGAUAGCCGAUCAUGCAUAGCGGAACCAAGCUUGCAUCAUAGUAGUGGAGAGAGUUGGGUUGGAGGAUCUGAAUCCUUGAAUCCUAUUCCUUAUCUGUCUAUCUAUAAUGGUGAAGAGAGAAUCAACAGACCUGAAAGAGUUUGAGUGGAGUCUUGAGUUACGUUCAUUCCAGAGCCAAAUGGUUGUAAGUUGUAACCAAAUCCUUUACACUAUAUUAGAUGGUUACAUAUUUUGUUAGCAA